AUGGAGGCGCACGACUAUGACAAGGGCGUGAACUACUACACUGUGACCCUGGCUGUUUGGGACUUCGCUGGGCCAUGUGUCCUUGGUGUAGAUGAGUAUGCCCCCUUAGAGGAGAUCAAGAAGGCACGCAGCAUGUUCAUGCAGAAGCACGGCCAUAAUCUGGACAGCCUGCAUGAGAAGGCCUACAAGAAGUUGUCGCUGAUCUAUCAUCCUGACAAAAUGGCUGGCCUGUCCAAAGAGGAUUGCCCAGAGGGUAUGUAG